UUGAAUGGGGAGAGGACAGUCGAGCUGGUUUGUCUGUUCAGAAAACAGAUUGGAGAGAAAAUACUCAACGCACUUUCGCACAGACACCUGAUGAUGACUAAACACUUCGCUCAAGCACAGCUCCUUUAUUUGCACUUAAAGAGACUCUUCGGGCUUCGCAGCUCUUGCGUCUUUUUGGGCACAGAAACCCGCACUAUUUCGUCUCAAUUCCCAAAAGCUCGUGCUGCUGAGAGCCGCGCGCUCACUGGCUGACAGACUGACUGCUCCACUCCAGGUCUGCUCUUCCCACAACACUCACAAGACCAACCGGCACACACCCGGCGGAGGAGAGCCGGGGGACGGGAUGCCGGCGGCGGUGCCCGCGUGAGAGAGAGGAGAGUCCGGAGCUCCUGCACCGGCAGACAGCAGCACAAACACGGCUGUCCGCCGGUCUCCAGUCGGUGAAAUAAUCACCUCUUACAUCCACCGACCCCGCUGAUUGCUGAGCAGGUGGAAAGAGAAGAGGCAGACUGCGCGCACUCCGGGACCAUGAUCCGGAGCAGCACACGGGUUAUUUCUCAAGGAUAAAGCCGAGAGGAGGAGAAAGAAGAGGAAACAAUUAAGGAAAAGGUUUAUUAUAUUUUGUCUUUGCGCUUUAUACACUCACUCUUCUCAGCUAUCUAAUGAUUCACUGAAUUGUGACUGUUUUACGCACCAUGAUCCGGAUUUGCUUGAGAGUUAUUUUCAAAGGUUAGAAAGAGAGGAGGAAAAAGAAGAAGAAGACAAAUCAACAAAAAGAAGCUUGUUGUUUAUCUUUAAUUGCUGAAUCAAUACCUCCAUUGAUCCCAUUGAUCCCAGUAUUCGGUGACUGGUCUGUGUUGGGAGAAAGCGCCGGAGGAGGUUUUUAAAGUAGAGAAGCGGGAGCGCAUCGGAGACGACGGGGACCAUGAUCAGGAUCUUCCCGGAUUUCAGCGUCCAGGUGACGGCUUCGGCGGCCGGAGGAACCGGAGCUGGAGGAGGAGGCGGCGGAGGGGGGAUGGUGACCGGACCCCCGGUGGGUCGGGUGCCCGUGCCGGUACCCGGAGCCACGAACGGGACCCCGCAGAGCGUGCAGGGAAUCACCGCCUACCAACAAAGUGACCCCUACUGGGAGCGGCCAGCUAAUGCAGGCAGCUGCUCCGCCGCCCGGCCCAAGACCCUUCACCUGGCCGGCCAGCAGCAUACCUCCUCACCAUGGCUGCAGGCUCUGAGGAAGGAGAAGUCACGGGACGCGGCAAGGUCGCGUCGGGGAAAAGAGAACUUUGAGUUUUAUGAACUGGCCAAGAUGCUGCCACUGCCAGGUGCCAUCACCAGCCAGCUGGACAAGGCCUCCAUCAUCCGGCUCACCAUCAGCUAUCUGAAGAUGAGGGAUUUCGCCAACCAGGGAGACCCACCGUGGAACCUGCGAAUUGAGGGACCUCCGCCCAACACCUCGGUCAAAGCUAUCGGUACCCAGCGGAGGAGAAGUCCCAGCGCCAUUGCCUCUGAGAUCUUCGAACCUCACCUAGGAAGCCACAUUUUACAGUCUCUGGAUGGGUUUGUAUUUGCACUAAACAAAGAGGGGCGCUUCCUCUACAUCUCUGAGACGGUUUCCAUCUACCUGGGAUUGUCACAGGUGGAGCUCACUGGUAGCAGUGUGUUUGACUACAUCCACCCUGGCGAUCAUGUGGAGAUGGCAGAGCAGCUUGGGAUGAAACUUCCUCCAGGCCGAGGGAUGUCUCUAUCCCAGGGAGCAGUCAACGAAGAUGGGGCUUCUUCGGCUUCUUCAUCGUCACACUCUGAGACGCCCGAACCAGUCGAAUCCAGCAGUCCCAGUCUUCUGGCUCCUGAUAACUCCUUGGAACGGUCCUUCUUCAUCCGGAUGAAAUCUACACUCACAAAGAGAGGCGUGCACAUCAAGUCCUCAGGAUAUAAGGUGAUCCACGUCACAGGGCGCCUGCGGAUCAGGAUGGCUCUGACGCACAGCCGCUCAGUGCCCAAUCAGAUCAUGGGGAUGGUGGCGGUGGCUCACGCUCUCCCGCCGCCAACAAUCAACGAGGUUCGCAUCGACUGCCAAAUGUUCGUGACCCGAGUCAACAUGGACCUAAAGAUUGUCUACUGUGAGAACAGAAUCAGUGACUACAUGGACCUGACUCCAGUGGACAUUGUGGGGAAGAGGUGCUACCAGUUUAUUCAUGCUGAAGAUGUGGAGGGGAUCAGACAGAGUCACCUUGACUUGAUGAAUAAAGGCCAGAGUGUGACAAAGUAUUACCGGUGGAUCCAGAAGAAUGGUGGUUACAUCUGGAUCCAGUCCAGUGCCACCAUCGCUAUCAAUGUGAAAAACGCCAGCGAGAAGAACAUCAUCUGGGUCAACUACGUUCUCAGUAAUCCAGAGUAUAAAGACACACCCAUGGACAUUGCCCAGCUGCCAAACCUGCCUGAGAAAGCUUCAGAGUCGUCUGAAACUUCAGACUCUGAGUCCGAGUCCAAAGAAAACUCAGACAACGAGAACACCAAGGCAGAGGAGAAGCCCGGCCACCAAACAGAACACAGUGAGGACCCAGAGACAGACAGCAAACGUCAGCAGCAACCCGGCCAGUCACACUGUUCAUCUGAACAAGAAAUGAAGCGCCAAGAAGAAGGAGAUAGCUCAAGUAACCCUGAGAGCCAGGACAGUGAUGACAGUCUGGAACCUUCAGAUGGAGAGGGUGAGGAGCAAGAAGAGGCUGGCAGAGGAGGUGGAGGUGGAGGUGGAGGCAGGUUGGGAAGGUUAGCAGGGCUUGGAGGAUUAGGGAGUCUGGGUGCCAUCGGUGGACUGGGUAACCUAGGUGGGCUUCAUAUUAAAGUAGAGCACUACGGAGAAGGGGAAGACGUACAGCUGCGUAGCUCCCAAACGUCUUCAUCAGAAGAGGAAGGAGAAGAAGAAGAGGAGGAUGAAGAAGAUGACGAGGAUGACAAUGGGUGCGUGCAAGAUUGUGACAGUGUCAAUGCUGGUAGCAAGCUGCAGAAAAGGCGAAAGAGGAGGAAAGUGCAGAAAUGGGAUGGCUCACGAAGCAGGAGGCUUCGUCUGUCUUCAACUACACCCAGUCCCAUAGCAAUAGGCGAUACCACUCCGCUAGUCGACCCCUCCCAAGCCACAACCGCAACCUCCACCCAUCUCUUAGCCUCAUCUGGCUCCCCAAACAGUGCAAAUGCAGCAUCCUCAGUUCUGAAGAUUAAGACAGAGAUGGCAGAACCAAUAAACUUUGACAAUGACAGCAGCAUCUGGAACUACCCUCCCAACAGGGAAAUUUCCAGAAACGAGUCUCCAUACAGCAUGACCUCCAAGCCAUCUGCUCCAGGGAGCCACGAGACCUUCCCCUCACCACAGGGAGGAUCUCUCCAGGUAGCCAUUCCUGACUCUGUCCUCACCCCUCCUGGAACUGAGGGAGGAGCAGGAGGAGUGAGGAAACCCCCUUACAAUGGAAGCUCAGCCCCAUCCUCUGCCUCCAGCGCUGUAAGCUUAGCUCCUCCUUCCAGCGCCUCCUCUGCCGACCCCCUAUCCCCUCCCCUUUCUGCAUCCCCACGGGACAAGCAACAAGGCACUCCCACCACCUCUUCUUCCUCAUCUUCUUCUUCAUCCUCCUCAACCUCUUCUUCUUCACUGCUGUACUCUGGGGACCUUGAAGCACUUCAGCGCCUGCAAGCUGGUAACGUGGUGCUUCCGCUGGUCCACAGAGUCACAGGUACUCUGGCCUCCACCAGCACGACAGCUCCACGGGUCUACACCACUGGGACCAUCAGGUAUGCGCCAGCGGACGUAACUCUGGCUAUGGCACAAGGCAACCUCCUCCCUAAUGCUGCCAUGAACUUUGUUGACGGCUCAGGGUUCGGCCUGGACCCUAAGACACCCAUGGAGAUGCUCUACCAUCAUGUCCACAGGCUCAACAUGUCUGCUGCGGCAGCUGCUGGCCCCUUUGUCGGAUCUCCUACUGCCACAGGUGGGAACGGUGCCCUUGGAGGUCAGAUGCCAACAACAGCCAAUGUUUUCACCACGGCAGAGGGACUGUUCUCAACGCUACCAUUCCCAGUGUACAGCAACGGGAUCCAUACCACGCAGACAACACUGGAGAGGAAGGAGGAUUAGCAGAAAGUAUCCAAGACCGCAUUACUGUGUUUUCGGAAUCAACAACUGUGUCAAAGACUGCUCACUAGUAAAUAAAAAUGAAAGACUAUUUACUUGUUUUAUCAACACGGUUUAGCACUGUGUUUCCGAGAGAAGAGAAAGGAAAGGAUGACAGAUGUACUCUAGCACUUUGAAUCUCAGAAACUGAGCUUGCGUAACAGACGUGACCCUCAAACUUGUCCCCCUUUUCUAUCUGUUUUCUCUCUCCUCCUCAUCCUCUUCUCCUCUCUCAGUCUCUCGCUUUGCUCCCGUUUCUUGCGAUCAGCAACUCUUUUCUCUUGAACAAAAAAACCCCAGACUAUUCUUUAUUGUAAAGAACCCCUUUUUUGCCUACAGAGAAUUCAUAUUGCCUAAGGACUCAGUUGGAGCCUGAUGGGGAUAAUUUUUAUUAUUUGACUUGUUUCUGUUGCAUCUUUAUAAAGAUGUGGAUUGUGUGUAUUUAAAGGAGGACGGUACAGGGAUUUGUAACAGACAGAGAACUCUAUGUGGCGUUCCUUCUUAUGUAUCUUGAUGUGAUCAAGGCUUGAAAAGAACGUUUUUAAACCGAGAGGACGGUGCUCUCUUGCGCCCCACAAAGGUCUCAGAGAUAAUCUUUUGAAAAAAGGUUUUUUGAGAAAGUUUCUCAAUUGAGGGAAUAGUUUAGUGAAUUAAUGCUGUUUUUUUCUUUUACUUUUAUCCUUUUUUUUAUAUAUAUAAAAUAUUCUAGCUCAGAUUUCACUUACGAAUCAAGCAUUAAAAAGAAAAACAAAAAAAAAAGCAAUUUCAGCCGGGUAAUGACCUGUGAAUUAUCGAAUGUUACUACUUCCUCUUUUAUCCCAGGAGUUUACCUACAGGUCUCGCACCAAACAUAGCCUCCUCUACACCUCUUCCCAUCUCAAUCUGUCGCUCUCUCUCUUAUCUUUCACGCUGUCUGCCUGACCUUUCAUGUUUCUGUCCACAUUUCUUCCUGUCAAUUCUACAGAUUUGUGGUGCUACCGACCGUCCAGUAACCCUGAUUCAGCUGGCUGAUGUGGGUACUGUAAACAAACCCACAGCUCGUUGAUAGACUGAUAUCAUUUUUUUUAUUUUUUAGAGGGGGGGAAAGAUUUUAAAGUUUGUUUUUGUUUGU